AUGUCCAACAGCAGCUCCAUCACUGAGUUCCUCCUCCUGGCAUUCGCAGACACACGGGAGCUGCAGCUCCUGCACUUCACGCUCUUCCUGGGCAUCUACCUGGCUGCCCUCCUGGGCAAUGGUCUCAUCCUCACAGCCAUAGCCUGCGACCACCGCCUCCACACCCCCAUGUACUUCUUCCUCCUCAACCUUGCCCUCCUCGACCUGGGCUGCAUCUCCACCACUGUCCCCAAAGCCAUGGCCAAUGCCCUCUGGGACACCAGGGCCAUUUCCUAUGCAGGAUGUGUUGCACAGUUCUUUGUUUUCCUGUUCUUGUUUUCAGGAGAGUAUUCUCUUCUCACCAUCAUGUCCUAUGACCGCUAUGUUGCCAUCUGCAAGCCCCUGCACUAUGGGACCCUCCUGAGCAGCAGAGCUUGUGCCCAUAUGGCAGCAGCUGCCUGGGGCAGUGGGGUUCUCAAUGCUUUGCUGCUCACUGCCAAUACAUUUUCACUGCCCCUCUGCAGAGACAAUGCUGUGGAUCAGUUCUUCUGUGAAGUUCCCCAGAUUCUCAAGCUCUCCUGCUCACACUUCUUCCUCAGGGAAGUUUGGGUUGUCAUGGUUGGUGUCUGUUUAGCAUCUGGCUGUUUUCUUUUCAUUCUUUUCUCCUAUGUGCAGAUCUUCAGGGCUGUGCUGAGGAUGCCCUCUGAGCAGGGACAGCACAAAACCUUUUCCACAUGCCUCCCUCACCUGGCCGUGGUCUCCCUGUUUGUCAUCACGGGAAUUUUUGCCUAUCUGAAGCCCCCCAUCAUUUCUUACCCAAACCUGGAUCUGGUGGUGGCAGUUCUCUACUCAGUAAUGCCUCCAGCACUGAACCCCCUCAUCUACAGCAUGAGGAACAGGGAGCUCAAGUGUGCUGUUAGGAAAGUGAUUUCAUGGAUGUUUCUGGAUAUUGGUAAAUUUCCCAUCCUUUUCCACAAGUGA